AUGUCCGGGGAGCACUCCAAUCCGAGCAAGGGUGACCCAAAGGAACAAACUGGGUCAUCGGAAAAGAGAAAUGCCUUUACCGAACUUCUGGCUCCGAAAAGGAAGCAACCCAAGCACGCGACUAAAACCCCGUCUGAUCGCAAUGCGGCCAAGGGCAAGACUGCAUUUGGUGUCCGCGACGGACUAGGCGCCUACAUCGCAAAGCCUGAGACAUAUCCCGAUGCCGUAGUCUACCAUAAUGACGACUUUGUGGCGAUCCACGACAUGUUUCCAAAGUCAUCGCUACACCUCCUCCUUCUCCCCCGCGAUCAGACCAAAACGCGCAUGCAUCCAUUUGAUGCAUUCGAGGAUGCCGAGUUCCUAGAAAAAGUGAAGGCCGAAACCCGAACACUUCGCGAGUUUGCAGCGGUUGAGCUGCGACGCAAAUAUGGGAAGGACUCUGCGCAGGAUCAGCCAAUACAGGCGGCGCUGAGCGCUGAUCCGCCCCCCGAUGAGCUACCGCAGGGUCGGGACUGGGCACAGGAGAUUGUGGUCGGGGUGCAUGCGGUCCCAUCCAUGAACCACUUGCAUGUCCAUGUAUUAUCGGUGGAUAGGUAUAGCGAGCGCUUGAAGCACCGGAAACACUACAAUAGCUUUUCGACACCAUUCUUCGUACCAAUCGAGGACUUCCCGCUGGCAGAAGAUGAUGUGCGACGGAAUCCGACGAAAGAGGGGUAUCUAAAGCGAGAUUUUACUUGCUGGCGCUGUAGCAGGGGUUUUGGGAAUCGGUUUGCGGAAUUGAAGCAACAUCUGGAGCAGGAGUUUAAAGAAUGGAAGAAACUGUGA